CCCAAAGCACCGUUGAAUUCUACUCGAGACCUUCAACAUGGCGAUAAACCAACUUCUUUCUAUCUUAGUGAUCUGCAGUUGUGGAUAUGCAACUUUGUCGGCAGCGCAAAGUGUGCCUACAGCAUUUGCGCAAGCAGCCAAAGACGUGCUAUCGUUUCCGCUCGAUACAAUUACCGCAUAUCUUUUCGAGGAAAAUCUAUCUGCUAUGAAGUUUAAACCAACAAAUGGGGCUCUUGUUACGCAUCAGCUUAAUGCGACUAAAAGAACGUUAAUACAUUGCCACGGUUACUUACAGUCGACAGAUGACCCAUUUGUCACCAGUCUAAUACGGGGUUAUGUGACCGGUUAUGAUUACAAUAUCCUAGCAAUCGAUUACAGGUUUGUCACGUACAACUUCUAUCCGACUUCAGUUCUACUGGCCGGCGCUGUAUCCGGUGUUGUAGGGUAUUUUGUAGAAACUUUAGUGCGGGCUGGUUUGAAGGAAGAGGACCUAAUACUAAGUGGAUUUUCCCUGGGUGCUCAAAUUAUGGGAAACGUAGCACGCAGAUUACCCUUUAAAGUUCAUGAAUUACUAGCUUUGGAUCCUGCCGGACCAUUGUUCAACUUCGUUGGAACCUCAGUGUCUGCUUCUGACGCGCUUUGCGUGAAGUGUGUUCACACUGACGAAUACUAUUAUGGCACCUUUAAACCUUGCGGUCAUCUAGACUUUUAUCCCAACGGUGGAAGUAGAAAUCAACCUGGUUGUACGUUCUUAUCGAGCGUAUCCGCGUGCAGUCACGAAAGGGCAACGGAAUUUACGACAGAGGCUGCGCUAGAUCCACAUGGUUUCCCUAGUAUACAAUGCGAUAGUUGGGCCGACUUUAAAAUCGGCAAGUGCAAUAAGUCGGCUGUAAUUCCGUUUGGACAAAAUGCGCCGUGCAGCGCGUCGGGCAAAUAUUAUCUUCAAACAAACAAGUAUAAACCUUAUGCGAGAGGAAUGGCUGGCAUAACCUACGAUCCCUCACUCAACAACAAUUUCCCCGAAUCUCCAUUCUUCCUCUAGAUUUUGCAUAUUUCUUGCUUUCGCAUUUCUUAAAUUAUAAGGAACAUUGGAAAAAUAUUAAUGGUCCUUUCUAGGAUACGU